CAUACACGUUCGAUGUCAUUCAGGGGCGUGAUAAGAUAGUGGCAGUGUAUAUGUAUAGCCUUAUUUGUUGAUCACGUCUCCAAAAUUUCGACGGAUCCUGCUCGUAUUCUUUUGCGAGCUCUUUCAUCUGCUUGCCACCUUCCCAUUGUUGCAGCGAUGACAAAAUAUAUCCUCGUUUCUGGAGGUGUUGUUAGUGGGAUUGGGAAGGGUGUUAUCGCCUCCUCGACAGGCCUACUCUUAAAAACUGCAGGCCUCAAAGUCACAGCUAUCAAGAUAGAUCCUUAUAUGAAUAUAGAUGCCGGUACUAUGCGACCGACAGAACAUGGCGAAGUCUACGUUCUGAAUGACGGUGGUGAGGUGGAUCUAGACCUCGGGAAUUACGAAAGAUACCUGGAUGUCACACUAUCCAAAGACAAUAACAUUACUACAGGUAAAAUUUAUCGCGAAGUUAUUGACAAGGAGCGGAGAGGGGAGUACCUUGGAAAAACGGUGCAGAUCGUGCCGCAUGUAACGAAUGCGAUUCAAGAUUGGAUACAACGUGUUUCAAAAGUGCCGGUGGAUGAAUCGGGAGAGGAACCCGAUAUCUGUAUCGUGGAGCUUGGCGGCACUGUCGGCGACAUCGAGUCGGCGCCGUUUAUAGAGGCAAUGCGCCAGUUCCAGUUUCGCGUUGGACACGAUAACUUCGCAUUAAUUCAUGUUUCACUUGUCCCUGACAUGCAUGGUGAGCAGAAGACGAAGCCAACUCAGACUACUGUCCAUGCGCUGCGUGGGCUCGGUUUGCUGCCCGACCUAAUCGCGUGCCGGUUAUUGGGACGCCAACCCCUUGAAUCCUCUACCAAGGACAAAAUUUCAAUGUUCUGUCACGUUGCGUCAGAGCAGGUGAUAGGUGUCCAUGAUGUCUCAUCUGUCUAUCACGUCCCUCUACUCUUGCACGGCUCAAUCUCGCAAGGUUUGAACAUCACGGAGGAGUGGGUUUCCAAAGGGUUGUCCUUGGAAGCGAAGUGGAGAGGCGUGACAAAAGGGCAAGAACGCCUCUUCGACGAGGUCAAAAUUGUUCUUGUUGGGAAGUACACCGAUUUGAAAGACUCGUACAUGUCUGUCAUAAAAGCCCUUGAACAUUCUGCAUUCCGCGUUCGCAGGAAACUCACUAUUCAGUGGGUUGAGUCAUCGGACCUGGAGUCUUCAACGCAGGAGUCUGAUCCUGCUAAAUACCACGAUGCGUGGCGAGCAGUUGUUGGUGCUGGCGGUAUUCUGGUUCCAGGUGGGUUCGGGAAGCGCGGCACGGAGGCAAAUCCCUUUCUUGGAAUCUGCUUGGGCUUCCAGAUGGCUGUGGUAGAAUGGGCACGUAGCGUGCUCGGCAUACCAGAUGCUCAAUCGACCGAGUUCGUUCCCGACGCGCAGAAUGCUUUUGUCGUUUUCAUGCCUGAGAUCUCACGCACUCAUAUGGGUGGGACAAUGCGUCUGGGUCUUCGACCCACUGUUUUUGACCGUAAUUUCGAGACUUGGUCCAAGGCUCGCAAGUUAUAUGGUGGCAAUGAAAAAAUGUGGGAAAGGCAUCGACACCGAUACGAGGUCAAUCCGGAACAUGUGCAGCGUCUGCAGGAGAGCGGUCUUACAUUUGUGGGCAAGGACGAAAAGGGGGAGAGAAUGCAGAUCCUUGAACUCAAAGAUCACCCAUUUUUCAUGGGUUUACAAGCCCAUCCCGAAUUGUGCUCGAGACCACUCAAUCCUUCACCGCCCUUCUUAGGCUUCAUUGCAGCAUCUUGUGGACAAUCUGAUCUCGAUGAACAGAUCCAGGAGCAACUGAGAUCCUUCCACCCACCUCACCCCGAACAUUCGAUGGUUAGGUGAAGAGGCGCUGAGGAUAAGUACACAGGAACAUCCAAUUGCCAAUGGUGUCGGAACUAUGACACCACCAACUGACUAAACAGCUACAUGGCAUAAUAUCACUCAUAAAUAACAUGUGGAAUCAAUGCUGUUGCGAAUGCUCUAU